AUGUCGCUCACCCAGUGGUUGACGAUUCUCGGGUUGGUAUUCGGCGGCUGCUGUGCCAACGUGUCUGCCUUGGAGUCCCUUGUGAAGGGUAAGCCAAACAUGGGUAGCAUCUUGACAUUCUGCCAGUUCGGGUUCAUCGCGGUUGAGGGCUACAUCCAGCACUUCUCCAUCUCGCACCCUAAACGCUUGUUCAUCAAACCCACCCACAUUCCGGUGUACAGAUGGAUGUGCUCUGUGGUUCUCUUCUUCUUUGUGUCAAUCUUGAACAACUCUGUGUGGCAAUACGAUAUCAGCGUUCCGUUCCACAUCAUUUUCCGCUCCUCGGCCACGGGCAUCACGAUGAUCAUUGGCUACAUGUUUGGCAAGCGCUACACGAAGAAACAGAUCUUGAGCACUGUUAUGUUGACCGUCGGCUGCAUUGUGGUGACUCUUAGUAACGCAAACACCGCGGAUCCCACGGGCGAAACGGUCGAUAAGGGCGACUUCUACCUCGGAAUCAUCAUCUUGGCGCUUGCGUGCGUGUUGAUGUCGCUUUUGGGCUUACACAACGAGUACUUGUUCCGCACCUAUGGGAACCACUGGCGUGAGGGCUUUUUCUACUCGCACUUCCUCUCGGUGCCCCUCGCGUUGUUCAUUUUGCCCACCUUGCACAAGGAGUGGAAGGUGAUCUGGGACCUCUCGGUGGAGGAUAUCGCCGUCGGCAACUACUUCAAGCUCCCUUUCCUCGACACAAAGCUCAACAAGAACUUUGGCUGGUUGACGUUCAACUGCGUGACCCAGUAUUUCUGCGUACGAGGGGUGAACAUGUUGGCGGGAAGCACCACCGCGUUGACUCUCAACAUUGUGUUGAUGAUCAGGAAAUUUGUAUCGUUGCUUUUGAGCAUGUAUUUCUUCGGUAACCGUCUCACGUUUGACGGGUAUGUGGGAAGUAUUAUGGUGUUAGUCGGGGCGACCAUGUACAGUUAUGCCUCCAUGAAGAAGUAG